AUGGAAAGAGAAAACCAAACAGGAGGUAGAAACUUUCUCCUCCUGGGAUUCACCGAAGACUCUGACCUGCAAUCCUUCUUCUUUGGGUUGCUUCUCUCCAUGUACCUUGUCACCAUCACAGGCAACCUGCUCAUCAUCUUGGCCAUCAUAUUUGACCCCCACCUGCACAUGCCCAUGUACUUCUUCCUCUCCAACUUGUCCUUAGCUGACAUCGGCUUCACCUCCACCACCAUCCCAAAGACUCUACUGAAUAUCCACACCCAAAGCAAACUCAUCUCCUUCACAGGCUGCAUCACACAGAUAUUUUUUUUCAUUGUGUUUGGAUGUCUGGAUAAUUUACUCCUAACAGUGAUGGCCUAUGACCGCUUCGUGGCCAUCUGCCAUCCCCUGCACUAUGUCGUCAUCAUGAAUUCUUUCUUCUGUGUGAUACUGGCUCUUGGGUCCUGGUUAAUCAGUGUCAUGAGUUCCCUGCCUGAGACCUUGACUGUGUUAAGACUAUCUUUCUGUACAAACAUGGAAAUCCCCCACUUUUUCUGUGAUCUUCCUGAAGUCCUGAAGCUGGCAUGUUCUGACACCCUUGUCAAUAACAUUGUGGUGUAUUCUAUAACUAUAGUCAUGGCUGGUUUCCCUUUCUCUGGGAUUCUCUUGUCUUAUUCUCAGAUUGUUUCCUCCAUUCUAAGAAUUCCCUCAGCUGGAGGCAAGUACAAAGCCUUUUCCAUCUGUGGGUCUCACCUCUUGGUGGUCUUCUUGUUCUACAGCAAUGGUCUUGGAGUCUACCUCAGCUCUGCAGCCACAUCAUCUUCUAGAAUGAAUCUGAUUGCCUCAUUAAUGUACACUGUGGUCACUCCCAUGUUGAACCCCUUCAUCUACAGCCUGAGGAACAAAGAUAUGCAGAAGGCUUUGGGAAGACUCCUCAGGAAGAUGGUGUUUCUGGGCAAAGGGACCAUAUCAGGAUCCCCACAAAUAGCAAUUCAGUGA